CGCUGCCGCGGGCGGUCUAGCGAGGCUCGGCGAGGAGCGGGGCGGCGAGCGUUGUGCCGGACGGUGGAGUUGGCGGCCGGCUCGCUCCCGCGGCCGGUGCCUCUGGGCUGGGGGCCGGGCUGGGGGCCGGGCCGGGCUCGGGCACCCGGGCGGCUCCGCCCCUUCGCCGGGCCGCGGGUAGAGCGCGCGAGAGGAGCGGCGCGGGGGCGCCCCCCUCGGCCGGGCGCUCGGGUUACAGCCCCGGCUCUCCGGCUUCCCCGCCCGCGCCUCGCCGGUUCACUCGCGCCGUGAGAGACAUUGUAACGGAACUGGGACGCCAGCGCUGCAUUGUGGGAGCUUUUAAAGCGGCGGGGAGCGCGGCGCAGCCGCUCGGGCCCACCGGGCCAAGCUCACCCCGGCGCCCCUAGCUCGGCCCCGCCGCCGCUCGCCCCACCACACACCCCCGACCGCCGAGGCCUGUGGACCAGAAAAGCCAGAAAUGGUGAGGUGACCAGUGCCUACUGACUCUCACAGGAGCAAAAUCUUCCAGAGCUCCGGGUGAGACUUGUAAAACUGCCCUCUACGGUCAUGUCGGAAAGUAGGAGGCUUAUUCUGCAGACGCUUAAAAAAGAAAAAAAGAAAACAAAACAAAACAAAACAAAACCUUCCAUCCUCCAAGGACUGGGUUUGAAUUGCUUUUCAUCUGGAGUGGCAGUGAUUCAGCGACCCCCUUCUCAGCGGCAGGCAGUGACAGAGACAGGAGAUGAAAAACACAGCGAAUGAAUCAGACGCAUUUCAAGAGAUCAGAGAUAGCCUGGCCACUCAGAAGCAUCAUCCCAUCCAUUAGGAAGAGAACCCAAAUUAAGGAUUCCACCGAUUCCAAAAAAGCAACAGUCUGGAAAAGAAGUCAGUGCUUCAGAGGUGAUCUGAAUCCAGGAAGAAAUGCAAGACGCCUAUAAUAAAAAAACAGCAUAAGUGACCUGUGGACCUCCACUACUUAGAGGAGCUCCUCUCUGAAAAGCCCAACAAUAGAAUAUUCAUCAGAAGAACAGCAGUUGGAGCCCAGAGGGAGACAAUGGAAGGUUGGGACCAGGGGCCCAAGUUAGAGAGCAAGAGUCAUUUUGGAGUCGUGCUGGCCACUGUCAAGGCUGCUUGUAGAAGGCACUGCAUCAGACAUGACUUUGGAAGGAUUAAGGCAGGAUGGAUGGGGCAGUCUACAGGAGAAUGUGGGGGCAGGGCACACAAGUGUUAUCAAGGAAAGAAAAGAGACUUUUCUUCUAGCCAAGAUGAAAGACAUGCAAGCCAGUCAGAAAACUUCAGUGGCCCUGCAGAGUGAAGUCCAUGAGCAGGAAGAUAAAAUGGAGAAUCAAGCACAAAGAGAAGACACACAUGAUGGUCGCCCAGUGACACAGCGAUCUUCAGUACAUUUUUUUCCUCAAACAGAUUCAGAUGCCACACUGCCUUUGUCACAGUCAUUAACCUAUGACACACCUCUCAAUUACUAUACGUCUGGCCCUCAGUUUAGUGGAAUAACUGUAUCAACAACUGGGCAGAACACUCCUAAAACUACUAUAGAGGGCCAUUCCCAAUCAGCAAACAGCUUGGGAGUCAACAGAUUCAUAAUGACAAAGAAACAGCCUCUGUCAGUCCUUGCUCCUGAGACAGCUGUAACUGGGGAAGGAGAAGAUUAUUUCCUAUCUUUGUUUGGUGAUUCAAAGAAAUUUGCUGCAUGCUCAUUCCAGGCAGAGAACACCCGGAAGCACUUUUCCAUGAUUCUUGAAGAAGUGGGCCAAUCUAGAUCCAGUGCUCUUGGAGAUAUUAAAAUAGCUGAAGUAAAUGUCAAGGGUUUAUUUGUGAAGCUCAUUAACUCUUCCCUUGACAAAGAACUGGAGAUUGGAGGCCAUAUUCUCCAGCAAAAUGUGAAUGGACAAACAGUCUCUUUGUACCGCUUCCUUCCAAAUAUCAUAAUGCAGGCCAAUCGCACAGUAACAGUAUGGGCAGCUGCAUCUGAAGCAAAGCAUCAGCCACCAUCAGAUUUUCUUUGGAGAGAACAAAAAAUGUUUAAAACAAGCCCAGAUUGUACAACAAUUCUGUGCAAACCUAAUGGUGAAGCUGUCGCCUGGUACACUCCUAUUCACUGGAAACAAGUGUGGGAGAAAUUAGAGACUGACAUUGAAUUUGACAGAUGCUCAAUAGUAAGUCCGACGUCUCGAAGACACAUAUUUCAUUGGCCAACAGCUAUAUCUACAACUAAAGAAAAACAAGACAAGUCUAAUAAGGAUACCUCAAAAAAUCAGAUGGAACAAGUUAGAGUUUUUCUUAAAAGAGAAAAAGAAAACCCACCAACCCUUUUUCCUAAUAGCAGUCCUUGGUGCCACAGUCCCAAUGUCCCUGCACAUCCCUACUGUCCUCUGAUUGAACCUCACAAUACCAGCAUGGCUGGAAGCAGCUUAGAUAGACAGCCUAGGCCUCAGUCCUCUGGGUCUGAUCCAGCCCAGGGACCACGAAAAAUAAGACAUCUGAGUUACAAAAGCAAUAGGCAACGAACUUAAAGGACAAUAAUAUUCAAAUCUAGAGAAUACAAGGAUACCCAACAUGUCACAGCCAGCCUUUCACAAGGGAGAAGAAGCCAGCAGCAAGCAAGAAAAUGGUUUAUUUUAGAAAAGAUAAUUCCUCAGGACUUUACGGUAACCAUUUCUUAAAGAAGGAGAUAAAGUUUGUGAUCAAGUUAAACCAUUUGUUUUCUAGGCUGUAAAGAAAAACAUUGGUCAAAAGCAAAAGCAUCCCAGUUUUCACUUUAUGCAUAUAAUGUUCCCCAAUAACUAAUUUCAGUGUUUUAUAACCUGCCCAGCUCUUAGGUCUACCAUUUCUGCCAUUUCUGCAGGUGUAUUUUCUAAAAGCAUGUUUCAGAAAUUCUGAAUCUGUGGUCUGAUUCUUUACACUUGGAAUCUGUUCUGUAUCAUUAAAGCACAGAUUAAUUUAGCUUCCUAAUGACUGGAAGUAAUAGGUGAUGUUUCUAUGGAGUAACUAGUUGGGUGUUUUUAAACCCGCCUGCACUUACCCCAAAUUCAUCAAAGAUAGUGUCUUUUAGGUGCAGUACUAAGUCCCAAAUCUCAUGUAUAUGAAAUAUCAAGAAUGUUUCAAUUAAAUAAUCUGAUUGAGCUACUUUUUAUUCGACCAUUCUUACUCCUUAUUCUCUGAUAAUCGUAUUCUAUACCUGCCACAAGUAUAGAAUUUGAAAAAUAAUGAAAUGUACUCAUUUUUAAUGUUGACCCUCUUUGUAGUCAGAAGGUAUGAUUGCUUCAGUUUCUGAGAACAAAUCCCAUCUAUAUCAUGUAACCCUGAAUAAUUUAAUUUAACUUACAUUGAUUUAUGUGUAUUUAUAUAACUUGUGAAGAAAAAUGGGGCAUACACAGUCCUGGAAUGUGAAGAGUGAGAGAAGUAUGGAUUUUUCCCAGUAUCUGUUUAAAAAAAUAAAGAAAAGUAGGGCACCUGGGUAGCUCAGUCAGUUAAGCAUCCAACUUCGGCUCAGAUCAUGAUCUCACUGCUCGUGGGUUCGAGCCCCACAUCAGGCUCUAUGCUGACAACUCAGAGCCUAGAGCCUGGUUUGGAUUUUGUGUCUCCCUGUCUCUCUGCCAGUCUCCAGCUCACACUCUGUCCCUGUCUCUCCAUCAGAAAUAAUAAACAUUAAGAAAGAAAGAAAAGUAAAAUAACCCCAAAAUCCAUCCAGUGGUGACUACUGAACUUUGUUUCAUUACAUUUAAACACCAAGACUAAAAAUAUCUUAUUUUUAAAAAGUCAUAUACCAAAGCACUCAAACAUAAACCAAUAUUCAUAGCAGCAUUAUUCACAAUAGCCAAAAGGUGGAAACAACGUAAGUGUCCAUCAACAGAUGAAUGGAUAUUUUA